AGAACUCACCUACAAGCGUCACUGCCUGAAUUUCAUUUCACUUUAGAAUUUUUGCAACGAACAUAGCAAAACAUUAGUAUUAGUAAAAAGGCUAAACGUAAAUAAACACUGUGUUGAACAAUUAUCUAUAUGAAAUUUUAAAGAAAUUCUUAUACAAUUUAAGCUCACUCGAAAAAAAAAUUUAAUAAAAUUAAAAUGCUUACUGCUACAACUGCAAGCAAUACAACUACUACUUCUACCACAACUGUAAACACAAUGAGUAGCCGUAAUUUAACGUUUCGCCAAGACGAACAACUCCACCACCACAACCCCAAAAACCAACAAUCACAUUUUCACAACUCACACCCGCGUAACAACAACCAGAAAACAGCCCGCAAAAUGUUCUCCCAACAGUGCCUUUCAUCCCACAGCUAUCACUAUCGAUUACUACAAUUUGCUCUACUGUGCACAUUGGCGUUACAGAUGGUGCCGAUGACGUACAGCUUCGAUGUUGCGACAUGCCAUCAACCACUGGGCAUGGAGUCUGGUGCAAUUACAGAUGCUCAAAUAACUGCCAGCUCAGCGCAUGAUACAGGCUUCGUUGGGCCGCAACAUGCAAGACUGAAAACCGAUAAUAAUGGUGGCGCUUGGUGUCCCAAACAUAUGGUCUCAAACGCGUUGAAAGAAUACCUGCAGGUAGAUUUACUGCAAACGCAUGUCAUUACGGCGAUACGUACGCAGGGUCGCUAUGGCAAGGGUCAAGGUCAAGAAUAUACGGAGGCCUAUGUACUGGAGUACUGGCGCCCGGGCUUUGCUAAAUGGCAACGAUGGAAGAAUACGCAAGGAAAGGAGAUUCUAUCCGGCAACAUCAAUACAUACAGUGAAGUGGAGAACUUAUUGCAGCCGAUAAUUUUUGCAUCAAAAAUACGUAUUUAUCCAUAUGGACAAUAUGAUCGUACGGUAUGUCUACGUGCGGAAAUUGUCGGUUGUCCAUGGGAAGAGGGUAUCGUAUCGUAUAGUAUACCGAAAGGCGUUCAACGUGGCAUGGAAGUGGAUUUGUCAGACAAAACGUACGAUGGUUAUGAGCAAGGUGACCGAUUUGUUGAUGGAUUGGGUCAACUGGUGGAUGGUCAAAAGGGCAAGGAUAAUUUUCGCACUGAUAUACAUGGUUUUGGUAAAGGUUACGAAUGGAUCGGUUGGCGUAGUGACAUACCCGAUUUGAACGGCAAGCCAGUUGAAAUCAUUUUCGAAUUUGAUACAGUACGAAAUUUCAGUGCAAUAAUUUUGCACACAAACAAUAUGUUCACCAAAGAUGUGCAAGUAUUCGUGCGUGCUAAAGUAUUCUUUAGUAUCGGUGGGCGACAUUUCUCUGGUGAACCGGUGCAAUUCUCUUAUAUGCCAGACACCGUAAUGGAUCACGCGCGAGAUGUCACUAUUAAAUUGCAUCACCGUGUUGGUCGAUAUUUGAAAAUCAAUUUAUAUUUUGCUGUGAAAUGGAUUAUGCUGUCGGAAAUUUCAUUUAUUUCGGUACCAGCCGUGGGAAAUUUCACAGAUGAGUCUGAGCAGCGAGCCACGAUGCCACAGGACACACGCGAAUAUCCAUUACAAAGUAAUGACUAUCAUCAUGGACAAAAGAAUGGCAUGGGCAAAAUGGGCACAAUGAAUGGCGGCGGCGGUGGCAUGAGCGACGGUGGUAUGGGUGCAGCGGCUGGCGCUGCUGGAGGCGCUGGCAUCGGCUAUAACAAUGGACCGCAAUUAAUUGCUCCACGUCCCAUCGAUCAGGAACCAUCGGAGAAAUUCUCAAUUGGUAUUGUUAUUGUUAUUCUAACGGUGAUAAUUAUUGGCCUUGUCGGCGCCAUAUUCUGUAUUGUAACGCGUACGAAGCGUGCACGCGGCAGUAAUGUCCUGGAUGCAUUCCAAUAUAGUUUCAACCCAAACACGCUGGGCGGCAAUGUGGAUAAACAUCGACCCAACGGCGGUGGUAUUAAGGCCAGCGUCGAUGAUAAUGAUUCCAUUGGAAAGAACAGUCUCUAUCAUGAGCCAUUCAAUGUGAAUAUGUAUACGAGCGGUGUUAACGGUUAUGCGGCAGUAAAUGAUUUACAAUGUAAUAUGACGCCAGACUAUACAGACGUACCCGAAGGCGGCUACGCCGUUCCACAUAUGCAAGAUUACAUGCCCGCCACCAAGAUGUCCAUGUCCGGCGGCGGUGUCGUUGGCGGUUAUGUGAAUGUGCGUCGUACCCCACCACCGCCAUUGAGUGCGAUUUUUCCAAGGCCGCCUUCAGUGCCGCCACCACCAAUGGAGAAGUAUUAUGCGACCACAGCGAUAUUCAAGCCAAUCAAGGGUCCCUCGGGCGGCAGUAAUUGCGGCACAAUGGGCAGCAAUAGCGGUGGUGGUGGCAGCAGCAGCACCCACAAAUCCGGCAGCAGUGUUGGUAAGUGCGGCAGCAAUAGUGGCAUCAGCAGCAGUAGUGAACAUAAUAACUAUGACGAUGGCAUGGGCACCAUGAAUUCACAAUCGACGGCGCCGAUGUUGAAUGCCUAUAAUGGUGUCGGUGGCGGUGGUGGCAGCGGCGGUGGUGUAGGUGUUGGCAUUGAUUCGAUGCAGUUCCAACGCGCCAGAACUUAUAACUUCCGCAGUUAUCCAGAUAAUCUUUAGUUUGAAACAUUG